CAGAACUAAACCCAUAUAUAAUUACGGUAUCGUUUUCUUUAGGGUUUUGAAGUCUUCCUUAGCACCCUAUCGAAAGAAGAGAGCUCUCCUCUCAUCUCUGUACCAAAGCACAAAACGGGGAUUGCAUUUUAGCAACCAUGAUUAUUUCAGAGAAGAACAGAAGAGAAAUCUCCAAGUACCUCUUUCAAGAGGGAGUUUGCUAUGCAAAAAAAGAUUACAAUCUUGCAAAGCACCCGGAGAUUGAUGUUCCCAAUCUCCAGGUUAUUAAGCUCAUGCAGAGCUUCAAAUCCAAGGAAUAUGUUCGCGAGACAUUUGCAUGGAUGUACUACUACUGGUAUCUUACCAAUGAUGGAAUUGAGUUUUUGAGGACUUAUCUGAAUCUUCCAUCAGAAAUUGUUCCUGCUACCUUGAAGAAACAGGCAAAGCCUGCUGGUGGUCGCCCAUUUGGUGGUCCACCUGGUGACCGUCCCCGAGGCCCACCUCGCUUUGAGGGAGACCGUCCAAGAUUUGGUGACCGUGAUGGUUAUCGUGGGGGCCCACGAGGGGUUGAAGGUGGUGAGAAGGGAGGAGCUCCAGCAGAUUACCAGCCUGCAUUUAGGGGCUCUGGUGGAAGGCCUGGCUUUGGUCGUGGAGGAGGAGGUUAUGGUGCUGGUCAAACUAGUACUCCUGAAUUUGCUUGAAGGUGUUGCUAGUCUUUUACAGUUUUGCUGUUUUUACUAGAUGUAGCGGUUGUGCCCUUGUUCAACUCUCUUAGCAAGUUGAUCCUUGAGACUAGAAUACAGUUCCUAUUUAUAAGUACUCUUAUUUAAAGUUUGCAAUUUGAUGAAAUGGAACCCAGAUUUUUCUGUUUUA